AUGAAGCAAGAGAACCCCCCCCCACCCCACCCCAAUGAUCCCGCCAACCGUAGAAAUCCCGAACCUCAAAUAAUUUCCCUCAUUAUCGAUACCGGCAUCACCACAAUACCGCAUCCUCCAAUUGACACCAUACCUCACCUCACCUCACCUCACCUUAUCCUCCCCCCAUCCACCACCACCACCCACUCAAAGAUGGUCGUACGAAUCCGACUCGCGCGCUUCGGACGCAAAAGAGAACCAUUCUACAACAUAGUCGUAUCACAAGCCCGCUGCGCACGCAACAGUCUGCCCCUCGAAGUGCUCGGCACCUACGAUCCGAUUCCACACGCACCAGCCGAUGGCGAAGGUCAGAAAUUUAAAGAUAUUCGGCUCGAUAGUUUGAGAGCGAAAUAUUGGUUGGGCGUGGGGGCGCAACCGACGAAGACGGCGUGGAGAUUAUUGAGUAUGGCCGGAAUCCUCGAACCCCAAUACACACCCAAUUCAGGGAAGCCCACGCUACCGACCUCUUCCAAACCAAUUUUAAAAGCCGGUGUUUAA